AUGCCCGUUCACGAGAUCACCAGCUUUACAGACUUCCGUGAGAAGAUCCUCAACUCCGAAGACCCUGUUGUCUUAGACUGCUUUGCCGAAUGGUGCGGCCCGUGCAAAGCGAUCGCGCCCAAGAUCGAGCAAUUCAGCAACAGCUACACGGACGCAAAAUUCUAUACAGUGGAUGUGGACAAGGUGGAGGACGUUUCACAGGAACUCGGUGUUCGUGCUAUGCCGACCAUCAUGUUGUUCAAGAAGGGCGAGAAGAUCACCGAGGUCGUCGGGGCUGAUCCGGCCAAGAUCGAGGACAGCAUCAAGCUUCUGCUGGAGUAA